AUGAAACCCACACAAGAAUCCGCGACACCUGUAGUUCAGGGCCGACUCAUCGGCCACUUUCACGACCGACCAUUAGAAGAACAUGGUUCAGGCUGGUCCUCCCUCUGGGACUCAAACGAGAGCGAUCUCUGGGAUCGGGGGAAACCGUCCCCUGCACUGAUUGACCUGAUCGAGCAAGAGAAGGAUGCUUCUUUUGUUGAAGGAGAUUUUUUCAAACCCGGCUGGGAGCGACAGAUCUCGGCGAAUGGAGAUAUCAAGUUCGACUUAGUCUACGAUUAUACGUUCCUCUGUGCUUUGCACCCGCAAAUGCGUCCGCAGUGGGCAGCGCGCAUGAGCGAGGUAGUGGCUCCCGACGGAGUCCUAGUUUGUCUGGAGUUUCCCAUGUACAAGGAUCCGACUCAGCCCGGUCCGCCUUGGGGACUCAAUGGAGUCCAUUGGGAUUUGCUGGCGCGGGGAGGUGACGGAAUCAAAAAUAUUGGGGAAGAAGCUGAGGUUGAGGAGGUCGAUCAGCUACCGGGUCGAUUUAGGAGGCUGCAGUAUCAUAAGCCUGCUCGAUCAUACGACGCAGGGAGGGGAGCGGAUAUGUUGAAUGAAUCCGAAGCCAAGAUGAUAUACGGGUGGCUAUGGCCGGUAUUCCCUUCAGGGAACCCACGCGACUACUCCGUAGCAGCCAGAGUCAUCGUCAACAUGCCGAGGGGAUUGCACAACCCGCUACCUGCCUCCUUGCGCAUUGACAUCGCAGCAGGCGAAUGCAAGAAAGCAACCCAGAUUCUUGAAUCCUUCUUAACAGCACCGUACUUCGGAAACCCUGGGAAAGAGCUCCCGGGAAAAGUACUCGUCAAUGCCAAGGGUCUGGCGAUAUGCACCGUAGCCAAAGCUGGAUUCCUAGGAUCCGCCCGCUUUGGGUCCGGCCUAGUCAUCGCACGACUAGACGACGGCAGCUGGUCUGCCCCGUCCGCGAUUUCAUUAACCGGAGCUGGGUUCGGUGGACAAGUUGGGUUCGAAUUGACUGAUUUUGUCUUCAUCUUGGACGAUGCCGGCCUUCGCUCCUUUUUACGAAUGGGAAGCUUGACCUUGGGCGCGAACAUUUCAAUUGCGUUCGGCCCGGUCGGAAGAAACGCUGAAUUCACUAGUAAUGCGACUAUGGAGGGCAUCUCGACGAUGUACGCCUAUUCUAAAACCAAGGGGUUAUUCGGUGGUAUUAGCAUUGAAGGUGGCUUGAUGGUGGAGCGGAGGCACGCAAACAAGAAACUCUAUAAGUCUAAGGUCAGUGCGAGUCAAUUGCUCGGCGGAGAGAUCCCACCGCCGCUGGACGCUACGCCUCUCCUGCAGCUCCUACAGUCAAGUUCAUUCCAACAAAGGGGUGCGAUUCCCCAUUCACAGCCGACAACCCGAGAGCCAACAACCCGAGGUUUGAACCCAGUUCCCCAAGGCCCGGAGUUGCCUACAGGGCCAGAGAAUCAAUCACCAGCGGAGUUGUCUCCAGAGGAAGUUCAGCCAACUGCUCGUCAUUUUCCGGCUGAACUGCAUUGGGAAUCAAGUCUCUCACUGCCCUCUGAGCUCCCUGCCGAAACAAUCAUCAAUAUACCCGACGAGCCGACAGCGACACCUGUCAGCGCAGAGGAGCGACCACAAACUCGUACCCCAGCAUCGACUGGGGUAGAGAGCAAACCACAUGGCACAUCAACCCCAGAGACAGCUCCCUUGGAGAUUCGUUCAGAACCAACAACAGACACUCCUGCCGAAUUGAAGAGGCCAAUUGUGGUUGAACCGGAAGUCUGCGCGCCCUCGCAGACUGUCUAA